AUGAAAUUUGAAGACUACCUUGUGCAACAGAGUGAUGAGAAACAGAAAAGAGUCAAUCUCGAGGAGGAGGUUGAGAAAUUGCAAGCAGAAUUAGACGAGGAACAGGCAGUAAACAAGGUUUUGCACUUUGCACUCCAUGGUUCAGUGUCAUCACAUCCAUGUCUUGCCACGCUGCUUCCACCCCAAGUUCAGAGCCUCCUUGCAGAACUGGCAAUGGUGGAGGAGGAGAUCGUAUGGCUAGAGAGAAAAGUUGAUGAGCUGAAACUCAGCUUGUACCAGGAGAAGAAGCAGAACAAAGAAUGGAAACGACAGCGACAAAAGCAAAACAAGCUGAAGCAACAAAAUCAGUUACCACCAAGCGGACUGGGAAAUCGAUCCGUGCUGAAAGACGACUUCAAUCAGCUAUCCAGAUCACAACAUUACGAGGAAUAUAGAAAAGAGAAAAUGAAAUUCAGAAGAGCUUCUGUAGGUUCUGCAGCAGAAAUGCUAAGCAUUUUGUCUACAGGUUCUACUAACAAUGAGAAACCAAGGAGGCAUACAGGAAGAAUACAAAAUGAACACCAUAUCUGCAAAGAAAUUUGUAAUGAGAAUCCAAAUGAACUAUCAGAAGAACUUGUCAAGUGCCUAAUAGGAAUAUUCCUUGAGCUAAACCAGGCACCACAGGAUAGAGAAGAAAUGGCUAUUGUUCCAAAACUUGGCCUAUCCUGCAUGAAACCAAAGGGCCCAAAGACCUUGUUCAACUGUAAUGCAUCUGUCUUUCCUUUCAAUCACAAUGAAUCAAACCUCGAUCCUUACCGCAUUAUGCCAGACUUAGAUAGCACUAUCAGGGACAUUGGGCCAUACAAAAACUUCAUUCAGAUAGCGAGAAACUCGUUGGAUGUCAGUCGUUUAUCAGAGUGUUUAUCAAUGGCCCGAAAAUUGAGGGUUUUAAUGCGUGAAUUAUGUAAUGUUGACUUGACAUUCUUGACCUACAAGCAGAAGCUAGCAUUUUGGAUCAAUAUCUACAACGCCUGCAUAAUGCAUGGAUUUCUAGAACAUGGGCUGCCUUCGUCACAGGAGUAUCUGCUGGCGAUCAUGAACAAGGCAGCAGUGAAUGUGGGUGGGAUAGUGCUGAAUGCUUUAGCCAUCGAACACUUUAUUCUCAGGCAUCCAUGUGAACCAACCUAUGGUCAUGCGGAUGAGAAAGAAAUGCUACUACGCCAUGCUUAUGGCCUGGGGUAUCCAGAACCCAAUGUGACAUUCGCUCUUUGCCGAGGCAGCUGGUCCUCGCCAGCACUGAGGAUCUAUACCCCACAAGAAGUGGUAAAUGAAUUGGGAAGAGCAAAAGUGGAAUAUCUGGAAGCUUCAGUGGGAGUUACAUGCAAGAGAAAGAUUGUGGUGCCCAAGCUUUUGCAGUGGCACAUGCGAGAUUUUGCAGAUGACAUGGAAUCACUAAUAGAGUGGAUUUAUAGCCAAUUGCCACGCUCAGGGUCAUUGAAAAGACUGAUGAUGGAGUGCCUAAAUGGAGAAUCAAAAUUUCCAUUGACAAAGAUGGUAGAAGUUCAGCCUUAUGAAUCUGAGUUUCGCUACCUACUGCCAUUUUAA